AUGAAUAAUGGAACUCCUCUUCUCACAUCCUGCAAGGCGAUCGCGGGCCGUCGACUGGAGGACCUUGAAAACUUGAUCACUGUCUCAACCUUGGACGCCGAAAAUGCCCCCCAUACCGUGGAGGCUUUGCUACUGGAAGAUAUAGAUGCUCUUCGCUCCCUUUCCGCGCGGUUCUGUCGACGCCUCAACCGAUUGCGCUGUCCCAUCUUGCGCUUGCCACCAGAGAUCAUACGGCUAAUAAUCGAUACAGUCGUCGACAUGGUCCAGUCCCUGUCAUAUUAUGUCAGCACACAGAAGUUAAUAAUGCUGGGUCAUGUUUGCCACGACUUCCGGGCCAACCUCCUAGGCAUGCACGCGCUCUGGGGUAGGCACGCAUUUGCUCCGGAUACCCUCGCCAAUCAUGUAUUCUUGGAGCGGGCACAGGAUGCACCAAUCGCCAUCAGAUUACACACACUUUCCCCAGCUUUUCUUCAGGACCUCGCUGUGCAACAUCUCCGCCGAGCCCGGGACAUUGAUGUCUCCGGAAAGCCAUUGGAUAUGUUGGUCCCCGGGUUACAGAUGCAAUGCUUUCCACUCUUGGACUACUUGAGCCUAACCACCUAUGCCACACCCGCCUUGUCUCUCCCGCAGACCUUCUCGGCGCCUAACUUGCGUCGUUUGACCUUGAAAAAUGUCAUUCCAUGUUUCAAUGAGCAUCGGCUCACCAACCUGGUGACGCUCACGCUGCAUAAAGAAACUGCGGAUAUCUCCUCCAGUCUCGCAUCCACCGCGCAGAUCGUCGGCAUUUUGCGAUCUUGUGCCGGUCUCCGAGAAUUGGAUCUCCGAGGGUUUAUUCCAAUGCUCAAUGAGCUCCCCGAGGAAGAACACCCCAAGGCCAUCUAUCUUCCUUCGCUCAGGAUGCUCAGUUUGUCCCAGGAUCGUAUCACCGUUCUUCACUUUUGGAAAAUGCUCAUAAUCCCGCCUACAACGACGAUAAGGAUCGACUUCAAGGACGAACGACCAGACUCGCCUAGCGUGCCGUUGGCGAUUCUUGUAGAGGACACCAACGCGUUUGCCGCCCAAGUGACGGCUUAUAAUGACGUCAUGCCGCCUAUGUCUGCUCUGAGGAUCCACGGAGUUCGAUCGCCAGAGGAUCAGUGGUGGCUUUCUUUUGGCAUCUUCGGCGGAUAUUGUGGCGUAGGCACUCCCCAUUACCUGGGAUUAUCACCGACGGAAUGGACGCGUAUUGCAGGCUUUUAUUUUACAACUGACCGUUGGACGGAACAAGAGCUCUCCGCGGCCAUAGCACGCUUCGUGUCCAUCUUCAAGCUUUCCCAAAUCGCAUACCUCUCCGUCGACUGCUUGUUGGGAGCAGGUCUACUAUCAACAUACGAGACCUUUCCCGAAGUACGAAGACUUCAUCUGGAUUAUUGCUCAGAGACCGCAGCAUUCCUUCCUCUGAGCGUCCGCUCCGAUAUUAGGACCAUACCUCCGACUCCCAGACCAUCGGUGCCCUGCCCUGCACUUCAUACCUUAUACAUGUCGGACAACGGAGCAAGUGAUGAUGAUGAGGGUUUUGACUUUUCCUUCUUGCGUCUCGCCUUAAAGGGGAUGCUGAGGAGCCGCAGCGAGCGAGGACAUCCUAUCACGGUGCUAGGGCUCGAAUACGACAACGUAUCAGACACCGAUCGGCAGGAGCUCUUGAAUUUCGUGGACGAGAUCCGUGUCUAUGCUCAGGCCUCACACUAUGCGCAUCGCCACAUUAGGGACGUCUUCAUGUAA